AUGGGACAUUCAAAGUAUCCUUUAGUGCCUGGACAUGAGAUUGUUGGGAUCGUUAAAGAGGUUGGUUCAAAUGUCCAGCGCUUUAAAGUUGGUGACUAUGUUGGAGUUGGAACUUAUGUUAACUCUUGCAGAGAGUGUCAAUAUUGUGAUGAUGGAUUAGAAGUUCAUUGCUCUAAGGGAGCAGUUUUGACAUUUGAUGGGAUAGAUGUGGAUGGUACUAUCACUAAGGGAGGAUAUUCUAGUUACAUUGUAGUCCAUGAGAGGUAUUGCUUCAUGAUGCCCGAAAGUUACCCACCGGAACUAGCAGCACCUUUGCUCUGUGCUGGUAUUACUGUUUACACUCCCAUGAUAAGGCAUAACAUGAAUCAGCCUGGCAAAUCUUUUGGGGUGAUUGGGCUCGGUGGACUAGGUCACCUUGCUGUAAAGUUUGGGAAGGCUUUUCGACUGAAGGUAACAGUUUUUAGCACAAGUGUAUCCAAGAGAGAAGAAGCUUUAACUCUUCUUGGAGCAGACAAUUUUGUAGUCUCCACCGACGAACAUCAGAUGAAGGCUUUGUGUAAUUCAUUUGACUUCAUACUGGACACAGCAUCUGGAGAUAUCUCAUUUGAUUUAUAUUUGUCCUUGUUGAAAACUGCUGGUGUCCUUGUUCUAGUAGGGUUCCCGAGCGAAGUGAAAUUCAGUCCGGGGAGCUUAAACUUGGGUGCUAAAUCCAUUUCAAGAAGUGUAACUGGUGGAACAAAGCAAACACAAGAAAUGCUGGAUUUUUGUGCUUCCAACAAGAUUUACCCAAACAUAGAAGUAAUUCCCAUCCAAUAUGCAAAUGAUGCUCUAGAGAGGAUGAUCAAGAAGGACGUGAAAUAUCGUUUUGUGAUUGAUAUAGCAAACUCUCUCGAGUAA